AUGUUACGUAUAUCAAAGAAUAAACAAGUUGUGGAAUAUCUUGAAGGUCUUAAAAUGAGUCGUUCACCUAACAAGCAGUACAGAUCCAGCCCAGACAUCAGCAACUUAGCUGAACCAAGCAAUGUGAAUAUAACUAUUCGGAAGCGUAAACAUGAUGAUGACUUUACAGACGCUCUAAAAGAGCUCACAUCAGAAAUUAAAAAUACCUUCAAUAUUUGGAAAGCUGAAAUUCAUGACAAUAUCUCGCAAGUAAAAAUAGAUUAG